AUGCGUUUCACUCGUUCCGCCAUCGCGGCCGGUCUGGCUACCGCCGCCACCUUCAUGUCCGCCGAGGCUUCGUCAUCGUCCGACGUCCUUGUCCUCGGUCAUGCUAACUUUACCGAUCACGUUGCCAAAGAGCCUCUGAUGCUCGUCGAGUUCUACGCGCCUUGGUGCGGUCACUGCAAGCAGCUCGCCCCCGAGUACGAAAAGGCCUCUACUGAACUGCUCGCUGACAAGAUCAAGCUCGCCAAGGUCGACUGCACCGAGGAGAACGAGCUCUGCGCUGAGCACAAUGUCGAGGGCUUCCCCACCCUCAAGGUCUUCCGCAACGGUCAGUCUGCCGAGUACAACGGUAACCGAAAGGCCGACGGCAUUGUCUCGUACAUGAAGAAGCAGUCACUCCCUGCUAUUUCCACCAUCACCGCCGACAACUGGGCUGAAUUCAAGGGCAAGGACCGUGUCGUUGCCAUUGCGUACCUCGACGCUGCCGACGACGACAGCCUCUCCGCCGUCGAAGCUGUUGCCAACGGUCUGCGCGACAACUACUUGUUCGGUGUCUCCCACGACGCCGCGGUCGCCGAAAAGGCUGGUGUCAAGGCGCCUGCCUUCGUCGUGUACCGUCAGUUCGACGAGCCCGAGGUCAAGUUGGACAGCACCAAGUUCGACGACCAGGAGAUUCUGGAAGCCUUCCUCAGGGCCGAGUCGAUUCCCCUCGUGGAUGAGCUCAGCGCCGAGAACUUCAUGAGCUACGCCGACACGGGCCUGCCCCUGGCCUACCUCUUCUCGGACGCCGAGUCCAAGGACCUGCAGACCAACAUCGACUCGAUCAAGGCGCUCGCCAAGGCCAACAAGGGCAAGCUCAACUUUGUGUGGAUCGACGGUAACAAGUACUCUGCCCACGCCAAGUCGCUCAACAUCCAGUCCGAAGACUGGCCCGCAUUCGCGAUUCAGGACAUUGAGCAGAACCUCAAGUACCCGCUCGAGGAUCUCUCUGGCGACCUGGUCGGCAAGGUGACCGACUUUGUCAAGCAGUACACCUCGGGUUCGCUCAAGGCUUCGGUCAAGUCCGAGCCCAUCCCCAAGGACCAGGACGGUCCCGUACACGUGCUGGUCGCUGACGAGUUCGACGCUGUCAUCGGCGACGACAGCAAGGACAUGUUGGUCGAGUUCUACGCCCCCUGGUGCGGCCACUGCAAGAAGCUUGCGCCCACCUACGACACGCUCGGCGAGAAGUACAAGGCGCACAAGGACAAGGUGCUGAUUGCCAAGAUGGAUGCCACUGCCAACGACAUUCCGCCCACUGCUGGCUUCUCGGUGCAGUCUUUCCCCACCAUCAAGUUCAAGGCUGCCGGCAGCUCGGACUGGAUCGAGUUCAACGGUGACCGAUCGCUCGAGGGCUUUGUUGAUUUCAUUGCGCUCAACGGCAAGCACAAGGUGUCUGUGGACCUCGAGCCCAUCAACGCGACUGGCUCUGAGCACGCCGCGCACCACGACGAGGCCAUCCACCACGAGGAGCUCUAA